AUGAAUGGACACGGUACAGAGCCACCCGAUAGGCACCAAUUCAAUAACAUUGCAUCACAAAAUGAAUCGAUUUCGUCCGAAGUGGAAAUAAAACAGGAGCCGUCUGUUAAACAAGAGACAGAAGAAGACGAUGGUAUGGUGGUGGUAUCGAGAUCAGCAUACACAGCCAAUGGAAGACCUGCCAAUGCGAUUGGUAGCGAGCAAGUAAAUGGUACCAAUGUUUGCUUCGAUUUCUACGAUUUGGAUGAGGUAAAAUCGGAAGGGAAGAUUGAAAUGGUCAAGGAUGAAGCGAAUCAAGUUCCACGGAUGGGCUCUGACGAAAAUCAAAAGCCGCGAAACAACGUCAACAAGUGUUUUAUGGAGCAAAAGAGGCAGAAUUCAGGUGUACCAGUUGAUGUGGAAAAGAACAGAUCAGCCAAAACUAGGAAAAUUUGCAAAGCAAACAGUUUUGGUAGCAAGCAAAAACCAGCCGAAGGCAAUGCGAAUAGAAAGCGACACAAGUGUUCAUUGUGCGAGUAUAUUACAGCCAAUAAGAGCGAUUUAGCAAGGCACAUGCUCAGGCACACCGGCGAACGACCAUUUCCAUGCAGCCUCUGCCAAAAACGAUUCACCCAAAAACGGAAUCUCCAAUCGCACAUGAAAACACACGUUGAUGAAUUUCUAUUCAGCUGCUCAAAUUGUUCGCAAGGAUUUCAUCGCAGCGAGGAGAAGGUGGAACACGAAACUGGUUGCAAGGUUCGUCGCUACGAGUGUCAUCUGUGCAAGGAAUUCUCUACUUUGCAUAAGAAUCAUUUCAAACAUCAUCUGCGCGUGCAUACCGGUGAGAGGCCAUUCGAAUGCGACCAAUGCUCAAAGACAUUCAACCACCCAACUGCUUUGAAACGCCAUCGCGAAACUCACACCAAUCCUCGUCCAUCGAAAUUCAAGUGUUCAUCUUGCUUCAGAAGCUUCUUACAACAGAAAGAAAAAGAAGAUCAUGAAGCCAGCUGCAAGCGACGCGGAUACCGAUGCGAUGUGUGCAAGAGCUACACAACUCAUCUUAAAGGACAUUUGAUGUAUCACAUGCGAAUCCACACUGGCGAAAAGCCAUUCCGAUGUGAAACCUGCUCGAAGUGCUUCUCGCAAAAGUCAACUCUCAACAAACACAAGAAGAUUCAUAACACUAAAAACAGCGCCGUCGCAAUGGAUGGUCACGGUACAGAGCCGCCUGGUAAUCACGAAUCGAAUGACAUUGCGAUUCAAAAUGACUCGAUUUUGUGCAAAAUGGAAAUUAAAGUGGAGCCGACCGUCGAACAAAAGAUUGAAGUCUCCGGUGAAAUUUUGAUGGUAUCGCGGUCAAUACACACAGCCAUUGGAUCGUUGGACAACUCGAUUGGUGGUGCAGAAGUGAAAAACAGCGACGUUUGCUUCGAUUUCUAUGGUUUGGAUGAGGUAAAAUCGAAAGGGAAGAUUGAAAAGGUUGAGGAUGAGACGAAUCAAGUUCCACGGACGGAUUCUGACGAAAAUCGAAAGCCGCUAAACAAUGUGGAGAAGAACAAUUCUGAAUCAAAAUCAAGAGGACCGGAUGACGGGAAAAGUAGCACAGCCAAUAGUUUUGGUAGCCAAAAGAAACCAGCUGAAGGCAAGGCAAAUGGAAAGCGACACAAGUGUUCAUUGUGCGAUUAUGUCACCGACUCUAGAACCGGUUUGAAAAGACACAUGUGCACGCACACUGGCGAACGACCAUUUCCAUGCAGCGUGUGCCAGAAACGAUUCACCCGGAAACAACAUCUCCAAUCGCACAUGAAAGAACACGCCGAUGAAUUUCUGUUCAGUUGCUCAAAUUGUUCGCAAGGAUUUCAUCGCAGCGAGGAGAAGGUGGAACAUGAAACCGCUUGCAAGGAGCCAACCAUCAAACAAGAGACUGGAAGCCCCGACGAAAUAUUGAUGAUGUCGCGGUCAGCACACACAGCCAUCGGAUCACUUCACAUUUCGAUUGGCGGUACAGAAGUGAAUUACAGCAACGUUAGCUUCGAUUUCUAUGGUUUGGAUGAUGUGAAAUCGAAUGUGAAGAUUGAAAAGGUUAAGGAUAAGGCGAAUCAAAUUCCACGCAAGAAUUCUGACGAAAAUAAAAGGCCACAAAGCAAUGUGAACAAGCGUUUCCCGAUACCAAAAUCAAGUGAAUCGGAUGAUGGUGCGACGAAGAAAAGUUCAGCCAAGGUUGGAAAAAGUGGCAAAGCAAACAGUUUUGGUAGCAAGAAGGUGACAGCUGAAGGCAAGGCAAACGGAAAGCGACACAUGCGUUCAUUGUGCGAUUAUCAGACUUCCAACGAAAGUCAUAUGAAAAGACACAUGCUCAAGCACACCGGCGAACGACCAUUUCCAUGCAGCGUGUGCCAGAAACGAUUCACCCGAAAACAACAUCUCCAAUCGCACAUAAAAACCCACGUCAAUGAAUUUCUGUUCAGUUGCUCGUAUUGCCUGCAAGGUUUUCAUCGCAGCGACGAGAAAGUGGAAAAUGAAACCGGUUGCAAGGUACGUCGCUACGAAUGUCAUCUGUGCAAGGAAUUCUCAACAUUGGAUAAAAAGGAUUUCAAACGUCAUUUGCGCUUGUUGACCGUGGGAGGGGAAAGUUAUACGAUGUUCAGUUGCUCGAAUUGUUCGCAAGGAUUUCAUUGCAGCGACGAGAAAGUGGAACAUGAAACCGGUUGCAAGAAAGAAAAGGAAAAUCAUGAAGCCAACUGCAAGCGACGUGGAUACCGAUGCGAUUUGUGCAAAAGCUACACAACCGAUCCAAAAACACAUUUGAUGGAACACAUGCGAAUCCACACUGGCGAAAAGCCAUUCCGAUGUGAAAUAUGCUCGAAGUGCUUCUCGCAAAAGCACCAAAAUUGUAUCGCAAUCGCAAUGAAUGGUCACGGAAGAGAGCCGCCUGAUAAACACAAAUCCGAUGCCAUCGCGUUGCCAAAUGAAUCGAUUUUGUCCGAAGUGGAAAUAAAACAGGAAACGACCGUCAAACAAGAGCCAGAAGUUGGUAUUGCGAUGGCAACACACACAGACAUUGGACCGCUUGACAAUUCGAUUGGAAGUGAACAUGUGAAUGAUACUGACGAUUGCUUCGAUCAUGUCAAUCUGAAUGAGGUGAAAUCGGAAGUGAAGAUUGAAAAUGUUGAAGAUGAGGCGAAUCAAGUUCCACGGAUGGGCUCUGACGAAAACCGAAAGCCACAAAACAAUGCGAAGAAACGUUUCCCGAAACCAACAUCAAGUGAAUCGGAUGAUGGUGUGACAAAGAAAGGAUCAGCCAAAAGCGGGGAAAGUAGCACAGCUGAUAGUUUUGGUAGCAACAAAAAACCAGCUGAAGGCGAGACAAAUGGAAAGCGACACAAGUGUUCCUUGUGCGAUUAUGUCACUGAUAUUAAAACCAAUUUGAAGACACACAUGUUCAAGCACACUGGUGAACGACCAUUUCCAUGCAGUAUGUGCCAAAAGAAAUUCACAACAAAACAAAGUCUCCAAUUUCACAUGAAAACACACGUCGAUGAGUUUCUGUUCAGCUGCUCAAAUUGUUCGCAAGGAUUUGAUCGCAGCAAGGAAAAGGUGGAACAUGAAUCUGGUUGCAAAGUUCGUCGCUAUGAGUGUUAUCUGUGCAAGGAUUUCUCUACUUUGAUGAAGCAUCAUUUGAAAGAUCAUCUGCGUGUGCAUACCGGCGAGAGACCAUUCGAAUGCGCCCGAUGCCCAAAGAAAUUUAGUCACCCAAGAACUUUGGAACGACACCGCAAAACUCACGUCAAUCCUCGUCCAUUGAAAAUCAAGUGUUCAUCUUGCUUCAAGAGCUUCGCACAACAGAAGGAAAAAGACGAUCACGAAGCCAACUGCAAACGUCGCGGAUACCGAUGCAAUUUGUGCAAGACCUACACAACUGAUCAGAAAGCACAUUUGAUGAGCCACAUGCGAGUCCACAGUGGUGAAAAGCCAUUCCGAUGUGAAACCUGCUCAAAGUGCUUCUCGCGAAAGGCUGAUCUCAACCGACACAAGAAAAUGCACAAGUAGCU